AUGGACGUGGAACCAAAGAGGACUGAAUUAGAUUGCUUUGUUUGGCCAUUAAACGGUUCGGAAGUUUAUACCGUAAAGGAUUAUUACAACUUGUUGAUUAUGGAAAAUUCUGAAGGGGUGGAAGACUCUAGGAGCAAAGAAGCCUGGGCUAUGGUUUGGAAAUCGUGGAUGCCGUCAAAGGUAAAAAAAAUUGCUUGGCGGUUACUCAAGGAUCGGUUAGCAACAAGGGCACAGUUGGCUAAGAGAGGCAUCAUAGCAGAUGCUAACGAUUGCCUGUGCGUCUUCGGCUGCAAUGUUCUGGAGGAUAGAAAACAUCUGUUUAUUUCGUGUUUCCUAGCUGCAGGGGUGUGGAGAAAGAUUCACCAAUGGCUCGGAUCUGAUUGUCAAUUAAAACCUGACUGUUGUGACGAUUUUAUGCAGCUCGUGGGGGUGCUACAUAGAAGGGCAUCUCCAAGAAGAGUGGGAGUAAUCUGGGUGUCGGUGUGCUGGUGUAUAUGGAAACACCGUAACGAAAUCGUAUUCAACAAUGGUGUAUGCGACGUAGAAGAAAUUAUCCAUAAUGUAAAAAUGCACUCUUGGUGGUGGUUAGCAAUAGGGAGCAAAAAGAAGGUUAAUUGUAAUUUCUUUGAAUGGUUUCAAUGUCCCUUAGAAUACUUGUAG